AGAGGGACAAGAAUUUUAAAAGAAUAUUCUAAAAUUAAGAAUGAUAUAGAGUCAUUUUCAAAGCUAGAAAGUGAUUAUAACGAUGCUAUCAGUUUAAUGAAAUCCACUAUUGAUGAAAACGAUGAAGAGUUUUUCUCUGAAAUUGAAAAUGAAUUACUGAAAUCAGAGAAAUUAGUUAAGCGUAAAGAAACAAAUUUCUUAUUUACUGAUGGAGCAGAUAAUACUGAAAUCCACUCAGGAGUUGGUGGAACAGAGAGCGAUGAUUAGACUGAAAUGUUGAUG